UUACUAACAACAAUAAUUAUGUUGUUCGAAUACUCAUUUAUUUAUCAAUAUUUUAUUCUUUUCAUAGUUUUUAUACUUAUUUGUAUACAUUUUUUUUUCUUUCGUAAUGAAAUUGAAAUCGAACAAAAAAAACGAUUGUCACAACUCCCAACUGUAACAAAAUCUUUUUGGGAUGUUUUGGCUUAUUCGUUAAAAUUUGGCAGUUUAAAACCUCCAGAAAUUUUACCAUUUAUCGCUAACAUUCUUAAAACCAAAGGUCAGCUUGUGUUAGUAAGACUUAUGUUACGGAACUAUAUUCUUAUAAAUGACCCAGAAGAUGUGAAGGUUUUGUUGUCCAGUACCCAACAUAUUACUAAAGGUCCGGAUUACAAAUUAAUUGAACCGUGGCUAAGUACAGGACUUUUAACAAGUACAGAUGAAAAAUGGCACAUGCGAAGGAAAUUAUUGACAAAUACCUUCCACUUUAAAAUAUUGGAAAGCUAUAUGCCAGCUUUGAAUAAACACUCAAACAUAUUAGUAAAAAACCUUAUAAAGCAAUCUGACGAUAAUAAAAUUGUAAAAAACAUGGAUAAUCAUAUUACCCUUUGUGCGCUUGAUGUUAUUGGUGAAACAAUAAUGGGUAUUAAUUUGAAAUCUCAAGAAGGAGAAUCAAUUAAAUACGUCAAAUCAAUUAAAACUGUAAGCAAUAUAAUAAUUAAAAGAAUAUUCACAUUUUGGUUAUGGAAUGAUACUGUCUUUAACUUAAGCAAGAAUGGAAGAGAAUUUUAUAAGGCAUUAAAAGUGUUACAUACAUUUACAGAAAACGUUAUUAAUGAAAAACGACAUCAAUUGAAAAUUCAGGAAAAUAAAAUCCAAGAAAACGAUGGAAAUAAAAAAGUUAAAUUCUUCAUGGACUUGUUAAUUGGCAUAUCCGAUGAAAAUCCAAAUGUGAUGACAGAUGCUGAUAUCCGUGAAGAAGUCGACACAUUUUUGUUUGAAGGACACGAUACAUCUUCAAUAGCCAUAACGAUGGCUCUUAUUCAACUCGGGUUAAAUAAAAAUAUGCAGGUUAUAUUACCUAGCAUGAAACACAUAACCAAAGGACCAGAUUACAACGUGUUGAGACCAUGGCUAAAUGAAGGACUACUAACAAGCACCGGUAUCUAUUAUGAUAAAAAUGCAAAAAAAUCGAAUUUUUCUGAAAAAUGUACUGCAAAUAAUGAAAAAUGGCAUUGGAGAAGAAAAUUAUUGACUAAUACUUUUCAUUUUAAAAUCUUAGAAUCAUAUAUUUCUACUUUAAAUAAGCAUUCCUAUAACUUGAUGCAAAAUCUUAAAAAAGCGUCAAAAGACAGCCAGUGUGUGUCAAAAAUAAACUCACAUGUCACUCUCUGUUCAUUGGACAUAAUUUGUGAAACAAUCAUGGGAGUAAAUUUAAGAUCCCAAGAAGGAAAAUCAAGCGAGUACGUAUCAGCCAUUAAAACAGUGAGCAAAAUUUUGAUAAAAAGAAUUUUUAGAUUUUGGCAAUGGAAUGAAACACUAUUUAAGUUAAGUAAAAGUGGAAGAGACUUCGAGAAAUCAUUAAACAUUUUACACAAGUUUACAGAAAACGUCAUAAAAGAAAAACGCAAAUUAUUUUGUAACGCAAAAAUUGAGAUGGAGGAGAAACAUGAAAAUAUAGCACAAGAAGAAAUAAAAAGAGUUUGUUUUUUGGACUUAUUAAUUGGAAUAUCCCUUGAAAAUCCAACUUUAAUGGCCGACAGUGACAUUCGCGAAGAGGUAGACACAUUUUUAUUUGAAGGACAUGAUACAACUUCUAUUGCUGUAACAAUGGCACUCAUUAAUCUGGGACUAUAUCAAAAUAUACAGAAUUUGGUUAGACAAGAACUAGAUGAUAUUUUUAAAGGCAGCAAUCGUGAAAUCACCAUAAAUGACCUUAAAAAAAUGCAUUAUUUGGAAAGAGUAAUCAAGGAAACUUUAAGGCUGUAUCCAAGUGUACCAGGAAUUACGAGGAAACUAAAUAGCCCUCUUCAUUUAAAAAAAUACACAAUACCUUCGAAUACAGUCGUGGCAAUUGGAUUUUGGUUACUACACCGAAAUGAAUCGUUUUUCCCAAAUCCAGAAGAGUUCAACCCUGAUCGAUUUUUACCUAAUAUUGAACGUCAUCCAUAUGCAUUCUUACCUUUCAGUGCUGGGCCUAGAAAUUGUAUAGGCCAGAAGUUUGCCAUGUACCAAAUAAAAACAAUGUUGGCUACAGUUUUACGAAACAUGAAGGUGAAAACUCUAGGAACAAAAAAUGAUAUAAAACUAAGCGCUGAAUUAGUAUUGAGAGCUAAUGACCUACCACCUAUAAAAUUCAAUACUAUACAACAUUAUGUUAUUGGCAAAAUAAUGUUAGAAUUAUAUUUUUUGAAUGUAUUAUGGCUUGUUAUAUAUGCCGUAAUAUCAUGUUUUGUCAUGAGUGUUUGUAGAAAUAUUUAUUUUCCAACAAAGGAGCAAAAAUUAUUAGAUAAACUACCGUCUAUGACAAAAGGAUUUUGGAAUUUCAUAAAAGUAUCAUUCGAGUUGGGUUUAACAGAACCUUCUGGGUUACUUUCAUUUUUCUUAAACGCUGAAAAAAAAUAUGGUCGAAUUUUCCAUAUAAAUCUUAUGGGACGCCCCUAUGUAAUAAUAUCAGAUCCAAAAGAUUUAAAAAUAGUUUUAUCCAGUACACAACAUAUAACUAAAGGACCAGAAUAUAACAUGGUGAAGCCUUGGCUAAAUGAAGGACUUUUAAUAAGUGCAGGUUCAAAAUGGUUUACACGUCGAAAGUUACUCACAAAUACGUUUCACUAUCAAACGUUGGACAUGUAUAUGCCUGCAAUAAACAAACAUUCGCAAAUUUUAACAAAAAAAUUGCUUGAAGUGUCUCAAAAUGAAAAAAAAAUUAAUAUUAAAGAGUACAUAAUACUGUGUUCUUUGGAUAUAGCUUGUCAAACAAUUAUGGGUGUUAAUAUGAGGUCACAAGAAGGACAGUCACAAAAUUACGUCAAAGCAACUAAAAGCGCAUCUAAGGCAUUGACUGAAAGGAUUUUUAAAUUUUGGCUAUGGAAUGAUUUUAUAUUUAAGUUAAGUAAGUCUGGCAAAAUGUUUUAUGCGUCUGUUGAUGUACUACAUCGUUAUACCGAAGAUAUUAUCAAAAAAAAACGAAUAGCUUUAAGUGAAAAAAAAAACAACAAAACCUCAGAAGAAGAUAUCACUACUGCAAAAUCGAAAAAAAUAUCUUUUUUGGAACUCCUCAUUAAAAUGUCUGACGAAUAUCCAAAUCAAAUGACUGAUAAUGAUAUUAAAGAAGAAGUAGAUACUUUUCUUUUUGAAAGUCAUGACACAACUUCAAUCAAUCUUACCGUAGUUUUAUUACUAUUAGGAAUUUACCAAGAUAUACAAAAAUUAGUUCGAGAUGAAUUGUAUAUUAUAUUUGGUGAUUCGGACAGAGACGCGACAAUGGAAGACAUUAAUAAUAUGAAAUACUUAGAAAACGUGAUAAAAGAAUGUCUAAGGAUUUAUCCUAGUGUACCACAAAUAACCCGUCAAUUAAAUGAUGAUCUACAGUUAAGCAACUACAUUAUACCUCGGAAUACAGUGUUGUCUAUAUUACCAUACGUAAUCCAUCGUAAUGAAGAAUUAUAUCCAGAUCCUGAAAAAUUUGAUCCUGAAAGAUUUUCGGACGAAGAUAAUAAAUCAAAAUUUUUGUUUGGGUAUUUACCAUUUAGUGCUGGACAAAGAAACUGUAUUGGACAAAAAUUUGCAAUGCUUCAGAUCAAAAUUGUAAUUUCCACUAUAUUACGACGUCUAAACUUUAAAACAUUAGGAACUAGGGAUGAUAUAAAGAUAAGUUCCGAAUUACUGAUAAGAUUCGACUCGUUACCAGAAAUGGAAUUUUCUUUGACUGAAUAACAAUAAUAUAAUCUACUAAUCAAUAUUUUAUUUCCAUAAAAAAUUAAAAUAUUAAAAUCUAUAUUUAACAAUAAAAUAACUUUAAAAUAUUUUAAUCUUAUAAAUAUUUGAUAUUAUAAAAAGUUAUGUAGCUUAAAAUAUUUUGCUGUAGUAGAUAAUAUAAAACACAUUUGAAAUGUUAUUUCAUAAAUCACUUGAUCCAUAACUAUUAAUAUUCUUUAAUCAAUACUAAAAAAUAAAAUAAUUCAUUUAUAUUUUUAAACUAUUUUACAAAAUACUUUGAAAUUAACUAAAACUCCAAACUUAAGGAUUUUAUACUGCUAUUUUACGCAAAUUUAUGUAGUUUAUACAAAGCCGUCAAAGGAAUGUUAAAUUUUUUAAUACUUUCAAAUAGAUUUAUUAUCUUUUAAUUUUUUUAUAUUAGUCACGUGUACGUGUUUGAAAUAUGAUGUAACAGCUAGAAAAAUUCUAGCUUAAAUAGAAUGUAAUUUAAAAAUAAUUUUUGUUUUUUAAUA